GUCCUUCCAGAAGCUCCCAGUAAUACCCAAAAGGAGACCCCAACUUCUCCAUCCAUUCUCCACAGUCGCCAGGUCAACACCCAAGACUCUCGGCCCAUUCCCUACAGGCAUCAGGUCAGCAUCCAAGAACCCUUGCCCGUUAUCCACAAUCACCGGGUCAGCACCCAAGAACCUCCAUUAGUCAACAGUCUCUGGGCCGGUACCCAAGACACACCAUCUGUCACCCACAGUCGUCGUGUCAGUACUGAGGACACACCAGCCACUUUUAGCAGUCACCGGGUCAGUGUCCAAGAUGCACCAUCAGUUAGCUACAGUCAUCACUUCAGCACCCAAGAUGUUCCACCCAAUUUCCAAACUCACUACUUCAACAUUCAAAAUUCUCCGUUAAUGACUACCAACUCCCUGACUAAUAUAGAGUCAGAUACCCACAGCAGAAGUCAAACUAGUAGCGAUAGCCACUGGCCAAGACGCUGGAGUUCUCACUCAAGUAUUCAAGGCCUCACACCGCCAGUCAGGGCUAAAGUCGAUGUCCCCCCUUCAAUUACUCACAGCCCCACAGUCAGUAUCAAAAGCGUUGAAUCAGUCAUCUGGCCCUCCCAGGAGAGUUUCAAAGCCUCUGUGGACAGCGCCCAAUCCAACCAAAGUACUCUAGAAAAUAAUAUCCAGAGCACACAGGCAAGCAGAUCCAAAGAGAUCAAUGCUGGCAGGUUUCAGAACAGGGGUAGACACAGCCAUUCACAGCUGCCCAUGGGCUGGCGGCUGCUGCAUGGAGCCAAGAAGAUCAGCCGUCAACUGAGUCUGGCACUAAGCCUGGUUGGCAUGAUGAUCAUCGGUCUCAUCUCUCUGGGCCAGCCCUGGAUCCACUUCCAGGUGCCACUCAGACCUCCUGAGCACCCUGAUGGCUUCUUGACCAUCCCCAUCAACACUGUCCUCUUUGUGCAGUGCCCUGACAUCUCCUGCCUACAUGAUUACGACCAGAAUGCUUAUUUGCUGGACUUUGCCUGGGCCUUUCUCAUCCUCGCCAGCAUCGCCAGCUUCUGCCUCUGCAUUUUACUCAUAAACAUCAUCUUCUUCACCAGCUCCAACUUGCCCAUGCUGGACUUCUCCAACGUCAUCAUCAGCCUCCUGGCAGGGACCAGCAUCAUCUUGGGUGUCCUGUUCUACCUGCUGCAGGCCAGGGAGUACUUGCAGGAAGGCAUGACUUACAAACUGGGGCUCAGCUUCUACCUGGCAUGGAUCGGCGUCUUUGUCUUCCUGAUGACUGGCUUUUUUUCCUAUCUCAACUACAUGAAUUUCUGGUCCAUCCUGGCGCUCCAGGCCAUCUGGACUUAGGACGCGGGAAUGACUCCACCUCUCCAGGCCUUUUUCCAUGGCUCUCUGCCAAGUACCUGACAACCCU